CUGGACCUGUCCCCCUGAUCAGGAGGAGGAGCUGCUGCUCGUCUGUUCGGCUUUCUUCACUUCCUCGGUUAACUUAUCUAGGCGAUCGUUUGGAUUUGUAUUUCAAGAUCUGUUAUUUUCUUCCAUUCCUCCCACUCCCUCGAUCUCACCCUCCACUCAUGGCUGGACACGAGUGGGACUGGUUCCAGCGAGAGGAACUCAUAGGACAGAUCAGUGACAUCAGGGUCCAGAACCUGCAAGUUGAAAGGGAGAACGUGCAGAAAAGAACAUUCACCAGGUGGGUCAAUCUUCAUCUAGAAAAGUGUAACCCGCCUCUGGAAGUUAAAGAUCUAUUUGUUGAUAUCCAAGAUGGAAAAGUCCUGAUGGCGUUAAUAGAAGUUCUGACUGGACAGAACCUGCUUCACGAGUAUAAAUCCUCAACUCAUCGAAUAUUCCGUUUAAACAACAUCGCUAAAGCGUUAAAAUUUUUGGAAGACAGCAAUGUGAAACUGGUCAGCAUUGACGCAGCUGAAAUUGCAGAUGGAAAUCCUUCUCUGGUUCUUGGUCUGAUAUGGAAUAUUAUCUUAUUUUUGCAGAUUAAAGAACUCACAGGCAAUCUCAACAGAAUGUCGUCCUCAUCCAGUUUAUCUUCCAUGCCCAGCGGGACAGAGUCUGACACGUCUAACCCAAGUACCCCCAGCGUAGAGAAAAGCAUGUCGGUUUCAAUUAAGGAUCAACGGAAAGCAAUCAAAGCACUUCUAAACUGGGUUCAGCAAAGGACAAGAAAGUAUGGUGUUGCUGUUCAGGAUUUUGCCGGCAGUUGGAGAAGUGGUCUGGCAUUUCUAGCUGUCAUAAAGGCAAUCGAUUCCAACCUUGUUGAUAUAAGGAACGCACUGACGAGAUCUUCCAGGGAAAACCUUGAAGACGCCUUCACAAUUGCGCAGAAAAGUUUAGGCAUCCCCAGAUUAUUGGAACCAGAGGAUCUUAUGGUUGACUCACCUGAUGAACAGUCGAUUAUGACUUAUGUCACACAGUUUCUGGAACAUUUUCCAGACAUUGAUACAGAUGACUUAAUAGACCAAAAUGAGGAGCUUCCAGUUGAAUCUACAUAUGUGCAUUACAAAGAUGGGCCAACAGAAGAGGAAGGAAAGAUCAUAAUAUUGAAUGAUACUGAGGAUGUGGAGGCUAUAAUAGAAGAUUACAAGCUUAAUUCUCAAAGAAAUUUUAAUUAUCAAUCCAAGCCAUCAACUGAGUAUGAACAGAUUUUACUGCAAGAGUCGGAGAUUAACACCAAACCUAAUAGAAAUUUUAUUGCAGAUGAAAAAAUGUUUACAUCCAAAUCUGAAAUGUCUGAGGAAGUUCUCACCAAAAAAAUAACUGAAUCUGAUAAAGUAGCUGGAGAUAAAAGAUCUGGUGUCUCUUUAUUGCUUGAAAAUGGAAAAUAUCCCCAUAAUUAUCAAGAUCCUUUAUCUAAAAUGUCUUCAAUCACAGAAUUAAAUGACCCAAAAAGUUAUAAUCUAAACUCCAAACUUAAUGAGCUCUAUAACAACAAUUCAAAUUCUUCUUCCAUAGAAGACAUUUCUACAGAUUUUGGUAAUAGUUCAAGAUCGUUAGUGCAUGAGUCAAAAGGAUCAAUUUACCAAUCAAAUGAACUGCUUAGUGAGGAUCAAAUGUUGUAUAUUAAUGGUGAUCAAUCACAUACUGACAAAACUAGCAAAAAUGUUAAUGUCUGCAAGUAUGUAACACACCCGUCCAACAAAAACACUUCAGAAAGUGACCCCUUAAAGCAGAGGACUGUAUUUCAAGCAUAUAGGGCAACCAUAAUAUCAGCAGAAGAUGAACUUGAAGGUAAUCACCAAGAUUCCAAGUCAAAUGUAGGCCAUCCACAGUCUAGUUUAUCUCUUCCUAACUCUAAAGUAGAAACAGAUCCUAAAGACUCAGGUAAGGUUUCUGUGAUUCCCCAUGAUCUGUUUUAUUACCCACACUAUAGCGUCCCCAUUGCAGACGUCUUGCAUGCUUUUACUGAAACUUGCCCAGAUGGUUCCAAAAAGAGGGAAAUUGAAUCCGGCUCUAUACCAAGUAGCCGAGGUAAUGAUCUUUCAUCUAAUAAGGAUGGAGAGGAAAUACAGGCAGGUUUUGAAAUUACUAAAAAUUUGAUUUCAUGGACAAAGCCUGAUGACUAUAUGUUAAUGAUGAAGGACAAAGAAAGUGAUGGAGGAUACCCUCAGAGCAGCUCAAAAAGGCAAACCCUUCAGUUUGACCAGGUACCAAGCUCUUCAAUCACCAAAGAUCAAACCAUGAAUAUACAAGCUGGAGGUGUAGAUUCCACAAUGAAUUUUGAUUAUGCCAAAGAUAUUCAGGGUUUUGCAGUUGAUGGGAUAAACCAGCAGAAGAUAAAAAGCCCCCUGCGAUCAGACAACAAAAGAGCAGAACUUGAAGAGACAAAUUUCCAGGUGAUCAAGGAGGUUUUGGACACACCAGCAAUAGAAUUGAAGGAACAGAAUUUACUUCGGUUCAGAGCUUCUCAGAGAGAUACCAAAUUACAUUGCAAAGUAUCAGAGCAUAUUCCAGAGCAAACGAAUCGUGAAACCUCAACGGAUAAGAAUGUUUGCAGAGACUCAAAUGAUCAUAUCAGAAAAAAUGGAUUUAGUGAAACAUACUCGGCAUCGAAAAAAGCCACGUCACGGAGAGAAAAUCGUUUUCCAGACAUGUACUACACUGCUAUCCUCAUUUUGGUUGUAAUCUACUGCAUACUGAUUCUUCCUGAACUGGAUAUCCGCAAAGUUACAUUUUUUGCAAACAACAAGUAGACUGCGUCACUGCUGUUCAACGUAAAGCAUAUUAAAAAUGGGCACAAAUAUAGCUGCAGACUACUAUCUAGCAAUAAUUUAUAUAUGUUUAGGACUUUAUCAUGGCACAGAUUUCUUUAUGUAAUGACAUGUGCAGAAUUUGAAUAGAAGAUUAGGUGCUUUGUGCCUUUCUGCUACGUAUCCUUUUACUGCCAGUUGGGAAUAUAGAACUUUUAUCUACCCGUUCUGUGUCAGAAGGGCUUCCAAAGCGAUGUGACACUGAGAGGUUAAACUGUAAACUAUCUUAACAGAUGUGAACAGAAUAUUUAUUUAACACUUUAUAGCUGCACCAACGUUACCACAUUCCAUUUUUCCGACAUCUGUUAACUUAAAGGGUUUGCUGUGUGUCAGACAAAAAACUGGGUGCAUUUAGAAUGCAUUUUAAAAAAUUUUUUUAUAAAUAUAUUUAUAAUUUGUAGCAGAAUCUUAACCCU